UGCAAUUUUUCUAAUUGGCCAUAUAUUUUAUCAUCCAAUCGAAAUAAGUACUUUAUUUAACUAAAAAUUAUAUAUUUUGUCUAUUACAUAGAAAGUUAGAAACUCAAGAUUAUCACGAAAAUUUAUUGUCUACCACGUGAAAAAGGCACAAGGCUCAAGGUGACCAACUAUUUAUUGAAAAGUAAAAAGAACCGCCACAAAAGCCACUAAACAAAUGAAUUUAACCAAAAUGAGAAGUUAUAAGCUCACCUGAAAAUAAACCCUAAAAAUGGCGGAAAGCAAUGGCAGCAAGAGAAUCAAAACUGAAGAUGAUGUAGAUGAAGAUCGUAUAAGCUCUCUACCAGACAAUUUAAUCUCUAACAUUCUCUCCUUUCUUCCAAUCAACAAUGCCAUCGCAACCUCCAUUUUAUCCCGUGGCUGGAAACCUCUCUGGACACAAGUCACUCGUUUUCCCUACGAUGUCAAAUCUUCUACCGAAUUCUCCACCAUUAUUCGACAUAUCUUUCCGAAACUCGCUCUACCAAACAUUCACAUUCUUCGCCUUUCUCUGCCUCUAACAUGGGAAUGGAAUGAGGAUGAUAUGAAAAUCUGUUCAUCUACUUUGAAAUUCAUUAUGAGUCAAAUUUGCUCACACAAUGUCCAACAAAUUGAGGUAACUCGUAAUCAUGAAGAUACUCCUCAUUUUGUUUUGCCCAGUUGUGUUUUUGAAACCUUAUCUUUGGUAGUGCUUAAAUUGGAUUCAAAAAUUUACUGCCAAUUUGCUGAAAACGGAAUUGUUAAUCUUCCUAAUUUGAUCAAGCUUUCUGCAUAUAUCCCCGAUGACCCUGAAUAUUUAUACAACCUGUUGAAGAAUUGUCCAAAUUUGCAAGAUUUAUCUCUGGAAUAUCACUCAGACUACUAUGUCGCACCUGUGUAUACAAAAAAAUUUUAUUUAGCAGCUCCAAAUUUGAGAACUUUGGCUAUAAAUGUAUGUUCUGACUGGUCUUACUACAAUUUUAUUAUCGACGUUCCUAACCUAAGGCACCUAAGUAUACGAGGCCGUUUAGUGGAUUACCAGAUUGUUAAAAACCCAACUCAAUUGUAUGAUGCUUGUAUUUGUGUAUUGGGGUAUGUAAUAGGCAGAGAAGAGAAAGAACAUUUAGUUAAUGAGUCAUGGUCAUGGAAGCUUUUUCAAGGUUUGGCUAAUACCAAGUCCCUUCAACUCAAAGAUUGCACAAUGGAAAUUCUUAAUUAUGUAGGCCAUGCUGGAAUCGGAGAAGUACUACCAAUCUUCAAUAAUUUGACCCAUCAUAAGAUGUCCUUUUCCUGGUUUGUAGCUUGGAAGGAAUUGACUCAAUGUAUUAGUUGCUUUCCUAAUUUAGAGGUUUUGGUCUUGUCUCUAAAGCAAUAUAAAGGUUAUUCUCUCCAAUUUAAGAAUUUGGAUGAUGAAACUUGUAAUGCUAGUAAUUUUAGAUACAUGGAACUAUGGAAGAGAUACUUUAAGGGGUAUGAUGAGGACAUUGUUGCUCUAAAACAUAUUUUGGAGAUGGGAAUUGCUCUAGAGCAGCUUGUUGUUUGUGUUUCCGGGAAUGAAAAAGAAGACAGACCAUGGAAGGAAUAUCAAAGCUGUGAGAGAUUAUUCAAGUUUCCAAGGAGUUCUUUGAAUUGUGAGAUAGUAUUCAAUGGUUAUUAUAUCACUGCAUCAAGUAAGGGACUAAAAAAUGGAUCUAUUGGUUGUCAGCUUCGUUGCGUAAACUCUUCCAUUGAUUGAUAGCUAUAAAGGUAUACUAGUUCUGGGAAUUUCUUUUUGAGUCGGUUACAGUGUAACAUAAUUCCUUAGCUAAUUCGAUUUUUGAAUUCGUGAUUCACUUAAAUAUGCCCAAGAAUAGCCCAAAACCGAUCAUAAU